UAUCCACCGCCAACGGCCGCGAUUGCUUCUCUCACCCCGACCAAGCUAGACCACACCCACACACACAGCUUGUGGCGACCACGAGCCAAGCGCCACCACGCUCUCACAAACACAGAUGGCCGCCACCAUCUCUAGCGUGGCUUCGGCAGCUAAGCUCUCGUCGGCACAGAAUGGAAUUCACUCGCCCUCUUGUUCUUUCUCGUCAUCGCCUCUGUUGCCGCUGAGCCGAGGCAGGGCGAGGAAAUGCAAAACUGUGUGUCAAGCAGCGUCGGUCCCGGCCAAUGUGCCCGACAUGGGAAAGCGGCAGCUCCUCAACACCUUGCUCCUGGGAGCACUCUCGUUGCCAACAGUUGGGAUCCUGGGACCGUACCUCUACUUCUUUGUGCCACCCGGCUCCGGCGGAAGUGGCACCGGCCUUGUUGCUAAGGACGCCAUUGGGAAUGAUAUUCUGGUCACCGAAUGGCUUGCAUCGCAUCCUCCUGGCGAUAGAACUCUCAGCCAAGGCCUGAAGGGAGAUCCAACUUACCUCGUUGUUGAGAACGAUGGAACGUUGGCACCAUAUGCAAUUAACGCUGUUUGCACGCAUCUCGGAUGUGUGGUUCCCUGGAACAAAGCGGAGAACAAGUUUAUCUGUCCUUGCCACGGUUCUCAAUACAACAACCAGGGAAGAGUCGUCCGAGGUCCUGCACCAUUGUCACUAGCGUUGGCUCACUGUGACGUCGACAGCAACAAAGUUAUUUUGAGCCUCUGGCCCGAGACGGACUUUAGAACGGGAGAGAACCCAUGGUGGGCUUAAAAACACCUGUGCUCGCUUUGCUCGAGACAACAAAUUUGUAAAAGGCAAUGUUAUAUACGGAAGUCCCUGUCUUAUUAAAUAAUUUCGAAAGAACAUGCUUCAUACCA